AUGUCUGGCAGAGGCCACGCCUGUCCGCCAUCUGACGCAAUUCAUCCAUCUGAUAGAUGGGAGUCUUUGUUCAUUUACUCUUUCAUCUGCAAAUUCACCAAACUUCGAAGCAAGGUCGAGGGACUAGAGACACCAAUGGAUCUUGAGAAUGCUCUCCUGUCCAAAGAACCAACCCCCAUAAUCAACGCCGUACUCAUACGGUUUAUCCUUAAUCUGCGGCCACACACGCGUAAUUUGAACGCGGAUCAACUUUCGUCUAUCCUAUCAUCGGUUCUGGCCGACACCUUCAAAACUUCUGAACGAACUGUGUUUUGGGACGAAGAUAUACACAUGAAUGUAGACCCUCUUCAGCAAAUAGAAGGUGGUUUCUUUGCAGCGAGUUGGGAUUUAAAGCUCAAAAUCCUACGUCAACUCGUCGAGCUACAACUGUGUCACUCCACAGAAAUAAAGGGCAAGAUUGAUCGCGCGUGGGGCGUGCAUCACAACAAGAACAAGAAGAAGGAUAGUCCGACAGCACCCCCUCCGCCAGAUGACCCUGAAAGCCAAUCGAACCUACAACUUUUGCCACUUGGGCAGGACAUUACACGCAAACGCUAUUGGGCUGCAGAUUUCUCGACACGUAUAUACAUAUCCACAAACCCCUGGAAAAUCACCGCCACAUUUCAAAGCAUUUCAUCGACGAGAGAAGAGUACGUCGCUGUUAUUGAACAACUCAAGAGCAGUGCCCCCCCGCCACCCAAAACCAACUCAAAGAAACGACCAAGGUUGGAAAUUGCUCAUAUGAAGUUGAUACAAUCUUUGGAAGCGCGACUUGUAGAAGUCGAUAAAGAAACAGCCCGGAUACAAAGAGUACGGCGAAAAAUUGAACAGCGUCAACAAGACCUUGUUCUGGCUGAAUGUCGUCAACUGAGAUCAAGGCGGCAGACCCGGAAGCCGGAUUACGUUUAUGACAAUGGUGGAUUUGAUAGCGAGGAUGACGACGAGUAUAACCAUGUAGAAGACGAGUAUGAGGAUGACUUUGAAGAUCCAGACAUGUUCGACGAUGAAACUGGACGAUCUAAGAGGCGUGUACGAAGUGCAGCUUCUGUUGUCGGUCAGCGUCGGUCAACUCGCACAGCUGUUCUAAACGCAAAUGGGAAGCGUGAAACGACGGAAGACCCAUACAUCCACUGGCGUGGAGAACGUCGCUCUGCGCGUUUGGGUGCUCCUUCAGAGUUUCAAUACGAUUAUCAACCACCCAUGAAACGCGCCCGCACCGCAGACAGUAGUCUGGGCACCAAUUCCUCACCCGAUCCCUCAGAAACGGCAUCUCCUGCUCCAGAAACACAGUCACUGAAAAUCAAAGUCAAAAGGACUGGUGCGGCAGCUCUGAAGCCCGAUGAAGUAGCGCUGGAACAGAUAGCAGGAAAGAAACCAUCCAAGUUCUGGGUAUACGCUGUACCCGAAUCAUCGGUAACUUCACCGCCCACGAAACCGGUGAAUGUCGUUGGCGAGAUGGAAAUUGACGCGGACUCUUUCUCGAACACGUCAGACAAGCCGAUGCUCAAUGGCGAAUUGCAUCCUGUGAGCAGUGAGACGGCAAGUUCGUCAAAUGGCCCUUCCUCGUCGACACAUCCAUUACGAAGAAGUAUGGAAGGGAGUUUCUCUUCGAUAUCCGAUGGAUGA